AUGGCAUGGAUACCAUACCCUGGUUCUUCCAAGGGCGUAAUGAUGACUUGCUUCGCAAGGAGGGGUGGUCAAGGUGGCUCUACUGUUCUGUGGCGUCAUCACCUGCAGGACAGGAAGCUACAGAAAAGAGAAAAGAGAAAAGAGAGCACAACAGAAGCAAAAUGGGAGAACACAGCGAAACCUAGCAUGAGAGCCGAAUAUGAAGAUCCUAUGUAUAUGCGUCUCGCUCUAGAAGCACAGGAGCAGUGGCGUACCGAUCCUGUGUUAAAACCUUACUUUCACAAGACGGGUAUCCUAUUUAUCGGCAUUGAGGCGCCUGGCCAAGCUGUUGUGAGGAGCUACGAGAAGGUGCUUGGCGAAGGUAACUCUCCCGCUGUUCUCUUGGAUCCGGAAGAUGCCAAAGCUCGCUUUGGUGGAAUCUUUCAGGACGGAGAUUGGACUGGAGUCACCAAGUGUACUUGGAAUCCCCUUGCAGGAUGGGGUGACGCCGCCAAUGCCCUGCGUGCUGUCAUCCAGUCUGCCGUUGAUAUUGGGAUCAAGUAUAUCCAGGCGACGGUUACAAAAGUUGCAUUUGACUCGAACGGCAACUGUUCCGGAAUUACGACCCUGGAAGACACCCAACUGUCUGCUGAUAAGGUCAUUCUCUGCACUGGGGCAUAUACUCCCUGGAUUUUAGCUGAGAGCGCCCCAGACCGUCCAGAGAUACAAGCCCGUAAUCGAAUGGUUGCGGCUGCUUCCAUUAUGUGUGCUUUCAGCCUCCCCGAGGAUCAAGUAGAGAAAUUUAGCGAUUGUCCCAUUGUUGUGCACCCAAUGGCCGAAUGCAUUCCACAGAGCGGACCAGGCCUCAUAAAAUGCACACACGAACGGAGCUUUACCCACAAAGUGUUCCACGAAGCCUCCAAGCAGGAAAUUUCUGUGCCUCCCCCACGUGUCACUCAACAGAUAUUUUCCCAAGACGUACCCCAGGGGCUGAAGGACGAGGCCAAGGCAGCGCGAGAUAAACUCUUCGGUAACUGGAUAAAUAAUAUGGAGCCGAAGCAGUAUCGGAUGUGCUGGGAUUCCAUCACGCCAAAUCAGGACUGGAUAAUUUCACCACAUCCCCAUGUUCAGAACCUGUAUAUUGUAGGCGGCGGAUCCUUCCAUGCGUGGAAGUUCUUGCCCAAUGUUGGGAAGUAUGUUGUCCAGAUGAUCGACAACGAGCUGGGAGAGGAAUUUGUACGGCGAUGGGCGUGGGAUCGGAGUGAUGAGGGUGGGAACUGCGCCAGCUAUAUACCGACGAGAGAUUUGAAGGAUGUGCCGGGCUAUUCGUAA